CAAAAAAACCGCCGCCGUAGCUGUUUUCAACACAUGUAGAGACAUGUAUGUCAGAAAGCUCAGUGACUUAAUUUACAGUCACCGUGGCUCUUAUUUGUCAUUGAGAAACUCGGAUCUGAUCCAGCCCGGAAAGCCGCACAUAUGUGGGGAUGUACAGCUUUGAGUUCUUCAGAAAACAGCCCAGUUCGUUAUAACCUGAAGUGUACCUGCACUAAGUAAGUCAUUAGGAUGGAGAAUGGGGUGGCAUCCAUCAAAGAAGAGGGCUUCCUCUCCAGAAUGGCUCUCAAUGACAACAAAGCUGGUAUGGAAGGUCUUGACAGAGACAAGAUCAAUAAGAUCAUCAUGGAAACCUCCAAGGGAUCUAAGUUUUACGAGAAUGAGCUGAAGAGAGAUCAGCAGGUGAACCAGCGCAUUACGAAAAUGAUGCUACAGAAGGCACGGAUCACAGAGCAGCAGUUAAAAAAAGCACAAGCUCAGGUGGAAAAGGUUUCCACAGCGGUGGAGAAGAGUCGUGAUCUAAGCCGUGUGAUUGUACAUGUGGACAUGGAUGCUUUCUACGCUGCUGUUGAAAUGAGAGACUGUCCUGAACUGAAGGACAAGCCCAUGGCCGUAGGAUCCACGAGCAUGCUGUCGACCUCUAACUAUCACGCCAGGAAAUAUGGGGUUCGAGCUGCCAUGCCUGGCUUCAUUGCAAAGAAACUCUGCCCCAGUUUAGUCAUUGUUCCACUUAACUUUGAUAAGUACAGAGCUGUGAGCAAUGAGAUCCGGGAGAUCUUUGCAGACUAUGACCCGAACUUUCAGCCAAUGAGCCUGGAUGAAGCUUAUCUAGAUUUCACAGACCACCUGGAGCAGAGGCAGCACUGGCCAGAGUCCGCACGCACACAUCAUUUCCGUGUCAGAGACAUGAUCACAGAUGAGAAAAAAGCGGAGCCUUCCCAGGAAGCUGUGACAGAGGUGAGAGAGCUCUCCCCAGUACUGUUUGAGGACAGCCCAGGCUCCUCUCCCAGCCCAGUGGGCCCUGAAGGUGUGCAUGCUCCUGCAGGUGAUUUUGAGGUGUUUGGGACAUCUGUUGAAGAGGCUGUGCGAGAGAUGCGCUUCCGCAUUGAGCAGAAGACGAUGCUGACUGCCAGUGCAGGAAUUGCACCAAACAUGAUGCUGGCUAAGGUGUGCAGUGACAAAAACAAACCCAAUGGACAAUACAGACUCCCAUCCACCAGAGAGGCAGUGAUGGACUUCAUCCAGAACCUUCCAGUUCGCAAAGUUUGUGGCAUAGGAAAGGUGAGUGAGAAGAUGCUGAACGCUUUGGGUAUAAGUACCUGCUCCCAUCUUGGCCAGCAGAUGGCGUUGCUGUCAUUGCUGUUCUCGGAGACAGCCUGGCAUCAUUUCCUGGAGGUUUCUCUGGGUCUGGGCUCCACAUACAUACCCAGGCACGAAGAAAGAAAAAGCAUGAGCACAGAGAGGACCUUUAAAGAACUGAGUAAAGUUGAGGAGCAGUUGUCUUUGUGCAGGGAGCUCUGUGAAGAUCUAGCAGAAGACAUGAAGAAAGAAGGUCUGAAGGUAUUGAUCAGUGUUAUUGUAACCUUUAAACCCAUAUCUGUGCAUAUCCGCUGUAUAAGAAGAUUUUCUUUAACAUCUUUUCGGCUACCUUUCUUUCAUACAUCAACUUUUUUUCAGACAAGAGGCAAGUUAAAGGAAAAUGCCUCCUUCCAUAGGGACCUCCUGAAAACGGAAAUAGAAAAUGAGAGCCCUCAGCCACUCAGACUGAGGCUCAUGGGUGUUCGAAUUUCUGCCUUCGCUAGUUUGGAUGAUAAAAAGCCCUUGCAGAAGAGCAUCGUCGGCUUUCUGCAGAGCGGCAAGGCAGACUGCUCCAGUUCUUCCCAAGGGAUGCUUCAAAAACUGGGGAAUGAGCAUCUCUCCGAUGCUUACUCCUUCCACACCUCGCCACUUAUGUGCCCCCUAGUGGAACAGAAACACCAGAGACAAGAAGACCUUCCCUGGCGGAGUAAGCAGAGGCAGACAGAAGGAAGCCAGGCGACUGUGGGACUCCAGCAGUCUUUCUUUCAAAGGGCUCAUGUUAGAAGACUGCAACUCGAGGCAGCUAAUGCAGCCACAAAAAAUGAGGGGAGCGGGGAAAACGCUCCAGUGAUUGCUAACACAGGGACUCCGGCCACAGCAAGCGAAAACAACCAUUUACCGCCCGAUCUCUCAGAAACUCCCAGUCCUGUACAGGCGCAUGCAUCCACAUCAGCCUGUGAAGAAUCAGAAACCCUCACAUGUCCCGUGUGCUUCAGAAAGGUGGAAACAACCGACCUGAAUGUCUUCAACACGCAUAUAGACCAAUGUCUCAGCAACGCCUCUCAAAAAACAAACGAUGGCACAGAGUCAGACACAGAGUCAGAGUCGGAUCUAAAGAAGGACCGCGAAGAACGUGCAGCAGUGAACAAGCUGAGGAGGCGGCACGAGGCUCAAGAGAAGAAGUCAAAAGUCAAUCCUCAGAAAGGCCAGAGCAGCGUAAAAAAAGAUUCCGUUCAAAAGGUUUCGUUGAUUAAAGACGACAACAAAACUGCGACCUCGCAAGAGCCUCAGCCAUCUAAUAGCAAAGGGCCAGUCUUCGUCUGCCCAGUGUGUCAGCUGACCCAGGAGACUCAUGACCUCGCUGUCUUCAACUACCACGUUGACCUCUGCCUGAACCAGGAGGUCUUACAUGAGCUGGGGAGACAGACAUCAUCCUCCAUAAAUCCAUCUCCAGUUAAAAAUAGCAAGAGCACCGACGGAGGACAUCUUCUGCUAAAGCAAGCAAGCAAAGGCAAAAGCAAAAGACGGGACACGCCUUCGUCUCCUCCGUCUAAAAAGGUUAAAAGCCUCGGUCCUUGCAACACCAUCGACAAGUUCUUCAGGUGACAGUCAUUCAGGGGCGACCUCCGGGCUAGUGCGGAUGAACUGAGGAAGUAAAAACGCAGCUCUUCUAUUCCCUCGGCUUCCCUGCGCAGUUUUUAUUCAUCCUGCGGUCACUGCGCACAAAGCUUGUUAAGUUUGCACAUAGAAGAUGCUCCUAAAACACCUGGCUUGUCUGCUCUAAGCGAUAUCCAAAAUGAAAGAUGAAGACAAGUCCAAUAAUUCCUUUUAAUGCAUUUUUAUUUAAUGGUCAGGCUAGAUAUAUAUUUUUUAUUUAUCUUCAUUAAGUUAUUUUAUUAUGACAUUGUCACAUUUGUGUUUUUGUGUCACUUUUAAUUGUAGUGUAUACCUUUUAAUAAUGAAGAAAAGAUAAUUUUUUUUAUCAUUUAAAUUGUUGCAAUAAAUUAUUCUGCUGAAAUCUCA